AUGAAUACAGAAUUUAUCCCGAAAAACGAUGAAAUGGUGAGGGAACUUAGAGCAUUAGCUCAAGCAUCGGAUUCUUAUGAGACGCCACGGUUAGUUACACCGAAUGAAGGUCGUCUACCACCUCGUACGAAUUUAAGUUACUUAAAUAAUGGGUUAACCCGGCAUCCAGGACGUCGUAAUACGUGGCGUAGCAAUUCGAGUAGAAAUUUGCAGAAUUAUAGUGGUGACAGAUUUAAUCGGACAUAUAAACCUGUAACUAAUUCGAAUAGAAUUAAUAAUAAUGUUUUUAAUGAGGAAAAGAAUAACUAUAAUAAUAGUUUUAGUCGUGAAAAUACUGUAAAUAAUACUAACUUUCCCAACCGCCAUAUAACAUUUGAUACAGGUUCCACUCCAAGUAGAAGUGACGUCGAGAAGCAGUGA